GCCAUCGCCGUAGGCCAUUGCAGCCAGUGCAGCCAUUGCAGCCCUCUGCACCGCCCAUCCCAUUGUUCUGCCCCUGGGCACAACGCGACAAUAUGCUGCAGCCCCGGAUAUGUCGGUUCCAGCCCUCGCGAUUGGGGAAGUCGCUGCUGGGCGCCCGCAACUAUUCGCAGGGCUUCGAGCAGCUCAUCAAGCCCGCGUCCUUUGCUCCCACUGCAUCCGUCCAGGGCAGCGUGCUGACCGCUGAGGGGCCCCGUAAAGAGAAAUUCACACCACUGCGCACAUACAAGCCUCGCACACCCGGUCUACGUCAUCUCAAGCGCGCCGUCAACGACCACCUGUGGAAGGGGCGGCCGUUCCUGAAGCUCACCAUUGCACGGAAGGGACAGCAUCUGGGAGGAAGGAACAACACUGGACGGGUCACAGUCCGCCACAGGGGAGGAGGACACAAGAGGCGCAUACGUAUUGUCGACUACAAGCGCUAUCUGCCCGGCAAGCACAUCGUUGACCGGAUAGAGUACGAUCCCAACCGAAGCGCACAUCUCGCCCUCGUAACGCGCGUUGAGACGGGCGAGAAGUCGUACAUCGUUGCUGCAGAUGGCAUGCGCGCGGGAGAUGAGGUGGAGAGUUACAGGACCGGUAUCCCCAAGGACUUGAUUGCCAGCAUGGGUGGAACCAUCGAUCCUGGUAUGCUUGCCGCGAAGACAGCAUCGCGAGGCAACUGCCUGCCCAUCCACAUGGUGCCUCUCGGUUCGCAAGUGUUCAAUGUUGGUUCCAAGGAGAAGGGCGGAGGCGUCUUCUGCCGCAGUGCCGGCACAUACGCCAUCAUUGUGAACAAGGAAGAGGUGGAGAAGACGAAAGGCAUGGAGACGAAGAGUGUCAUCAUCCGUCUGCAGAGCGGCGAGAUCCGCAAGGUCGACCCCAACGCGUGCUGCACGAUCGGUGUAGCCAGCAACAUCCAGAAGCACUUUGAAUCGCUCGGUAAAGCUGGACGUUCUCGAUGGCUCGGAAGGCGACCAGAGGUUCGCGGUGUUGCCAUGAACGCAGCUGAUCACCCCCAUGGAGGUGGUCGUGGCAAAUCGAAGGGUAGAGUGCACCCAGUCUCGCCUUGGGGCACACCCGCCAAGGGAGGUUACAAGACACGAUACAAGAGGAACAAGCACACAUGGUUGGUCCAGGAUCGACCACGAAACCAGGGCAAGCGCAGGCCGAGAUAAGCCUUGUGGCCUUGUCGUGUACAAUUACCUGUCUAUCGAACCUGUAUCAUAUAUUGCAUGGCUGCCCCACAAGCUGCCCCAAAUACAACAAUGAACACCCAAUCUUCUC